AUGGAGCUGCCCAAAAUCACGGCUGGCGAGAAGGAUGACGAAAUUCGCCCACUCCCAUGCUUCACGGGAUUCGGAGGACCCUUUAAGUAUAUGGGGGACGAGAGGCAGGAGAUGUCUUCCCUGCGAAUGAACUCCGGGCAACACCGGCCUAGAAAAGUCUUCUACUCCCUGUUCACCCACGAUUGUGUGGCCAUGCGCGACUCCAACAUCAUCAUCAAGUUUGCUGACGACACUACGGUGGUAUGCCUGAUCACCAGCGACGAUGUGUCAGCCUACAGGGAGGAGAUCCUCUCAAGCUCUGUCAAGUUGUAUGGGGAGCGGUCCAAGUCGCGACCUUUCAGUGAGGAGUACAAGCGGAUCCCUCCUCCCAAGCCAAAGAGGAACCCUAACACGCAGCUGAGUACCUCCUUUGAUGAGUCCUACAUCCAGAAUCAUGGCAACAGGAAGGAAGGAAGGAGGGAAAAAUCCUCAUCGCAGAGCCAGAGCCCAGCCCCAGAUACGGAGGACGAGGACGAGCCUGUCUACAUCGAGAUGGUGGGUAACAUUCAGAGGGAACUGAAGCAACGCCUCUUGGAGGACGAGGACCAGAGUGAGUCGGUCUACGAGGAAAUGAAAUACCCCAUGUUCGACGACAUUCUCCAGGACGCUAAGUGGGAACAGGACAUGGAGCAGGGUCGUUCCUCCUCCUCCCACACCACCCCCCGGGGGUCCCUCUGUGACAUCCCCGCCCCCUUCCCCAACCUGCUCACCCAUCGGCCGCCCUUGCUGGUCUUUCCGCCAGCCCCUGCCCAGUGCUCGCCUAACUCGGAUGAGUCACCCCUCACUCCGCUGGACGUCACAAAGCUGCCCAUGCUGGAGAAUGUUGCCACUGGGUACACCAACAAGCCCGGGGGAGGUGCCUCUCCCACGACCUCUGAGGCUCCGCCCCCCUCCUCCUCCCCCCAUCACCGCAAGGGGGAGAGAGAGAGAGACAGGAAACGAGAACGGGAGAAGGAGAAGGAUAGAGAGCGGGAUCUCCAAUUCACCCACACUAUCACUGCGUCUGGUCGCUCCUCUGCCCCUCCCCUGCCCUCCACUCUCUACAAGGCAUCGGCGUCGGCUCAUGGGUAUCCCAGAAGCCAUUCCGCGUGUCCCUCACCUGUAAGCAUGGGCCGCUCGAUCACACCGCUCAGCCUCAAGCGCCCACCACCUUAUGACGCCUUGAAGAUAGGUGGCAGCAUGCCCCGAUCCACCUCCUCCGUUGCGCAUGCCGCCAAGAGCUCAGUUGGUCAGGAAGGGGGAGGCAAACUGAGUAACUCUUCUUCGGCCCACAGCUCCAUGCAGAAUGUGUCGCGUUCCCGCACCCCUACAAGCCCUCUCGAUGAACUCACCAACCUGUUUACUGGUGGCCGGAAUAUGCUAAAGAAGGGAUCGGGAGGGAGGAAGGUCAAGGAGUCCGCUGAAUGUGAGGCCAAGACCAGGAGCCACAGUACAGAACCUCUAUCUAGGCACGAGAGCAAAGCUCACCACGGAGGCAGCCAGGAGUCUCCCAAAUCCCAGGAGUGGGAUGGGCCCUCCGGACAUUCAUCCAACCCCACUGCCAUGCCCAGCCGCCUGGGACGCUCUUCUGUCAGCCCCACCAUGAUGCUGGGGAGUGGGGUCACAGAAUCCAAAGCGGUGUGUAAGCUGGGCCGGUCAGCCUCUACAUCGGGGGUUCCUUCCCCGUGCGAGACUCCCCAGCACCAGCCCUCCGAGCCCCAGCCAGGCUAUAGUCAGGUACCGCCGCAUGCCACCACAGAAUAA